UUAGUUACAUACCUAAAACCAUCUCUUAAACCAUUCACCAAUCAUCAUACAUACACAUAUUUUCUCUCUCUCGCAUCGAAAAUCUCUGUUCAUUUUUUCUCUCAAAUCUCUAAAUCAAUGGCGUCCGAAGGUAUUCUGUUGGGUAUGGGUAAUCCCCUUCUUGAUAUCUCUGCUGUCGUCGAUGAGCCUUUCCUUGAGAAAUACGACAUCAAGUUGAACAAUGCCAUCCUUGCAGAGGAAAAGCAUGUGCCUAUGUACGAUGAAUUGGCUGCUAAAGACAAUGUUGAGUACAUUGCUGGAGGUGCAACUCAAAAUUCUAUCAGGGUUGCCCAGUGGAUGCUACAAACUCCUGGUGCCACUAGUUUCAUUGGUUGCAUCGGAAAGGAUAAAUAUGGUGAAGAGAUGACAAAAAACUCAAAGCUUGCUGGUCUUAAUGUUCAUUAUUACGAGGAUGAGACCGCAGCUACUGGUACAUGCGCUGUUUGUGUUGUUGGUGGCGAGAGGUCUCUCAUUGCUAACUUGGCCGCAGCGAAUUGCUACAAAUCGGAACAUCUGCAGAAACCAGAAAACUGGGCUUUGGUUGAGAAGGCCAAAUACUAUUACAUUGCCGGAUUUUUCCUCACUGUUUCCCCCGACUCGAUUCAGCUUGUAGCUGAGCAUGCCGCUAAAAACAACAAGGUCUUCUGUCACAAUCUUUCUGCUCCUUUCAUCUGUGAGUUCUUCAAGGGUGUCCAGGAGAAUGUUCUUCCAUACGUGGAUUAUCUUUUCGGAAACGAGUCGGAAGCAAGAACUUUCUCAAAGGUUCACGGCUGGGAGACCGAGGAUGUUGAGAAGAUUGCUUUGAAGAUUUCUGAAUUGCCCAAGGUAUCAGGUCGCAAGAGAAUUGCUGUCAUCAGUCAAGGUGCAGACCCUGUUGUUGUUGCAACCGACGGGAAGGUGACAACUUACCCUGUUAUCCCUCUACCAAAGGAGAAACUUGUUGACACUAAUGGAGCAGGGGAUGCCUUUGUUGGUGGAUUUUUGUCUCAGUUGGUCCUAGAGAAGCCAAUCGAGGAGUGUGUUAGAGCUGGGUGUUACGCAGCAAAUGUUAUCAUCCAAAGGUCUGGCUGCACAUACCCUGAGAAGCCUUCCUUUGAGUGAUUAUUUCUGUUCACUCCACCUCCUAUAGGUGUUUUGAUUUAAGAAUUAUUAUUGUAAGCUCUAGGCCAGAUUUUUUCCUCUCGUAGUAGAAUUUCUGAAUUCUUAAUCAUUUCAAGUGAGACCGAAUCAAUUUGUAUUUGCUCUUAAUCAUCUAUCUAUGCGUUCUAUUCUGGAUUUUAUUAUAACAACA